AUGGCGCUCAAACUCCUCCUCAACCCCUUCUCCUUCCCCUUCCCCUCUCCCCACCUCCCCAACCUCUCCUCCUCUCUCCUCAAACCCCCCAAAACCCUAAUCCCCAUCUCCUCCUCCUCGACCCCUCCCUCCCCCAUCUUCCUCCCCCACCUCGAUCCCCCACACCCAAAACCCCCCCCAAUCGAGGAAGAAGAAGACGAAUUGGUCGGAGAAUUCGCUGAACUAGAUGUAGAAGAGGAGGAGGAAGAGGAAGAGGAAUCAGACCCAUUUCUCAGCUUCUUCAACCGCCGCCGCAGCGCCCCCGUCGACGACCCGAAGCGCGAGGGUCGCCCCUCGCUCCAGCGCAACCGCCGCAGCUCGUGGCACCUCGCCGAUCCCGGCGAGGUGGAAGAUGCUGCUGCUGCUGCUGCUGCUGCUGCAACCCUAGUUCUCGAAUCGGCGGCGGAGUUAUCGGAUUCGGCGGCGGCUGCUGCUCCCGACGACGGGGUCGUCGGGGAGAUCAUGCGGCUCGCGAGGAGCCUCCCGGAGAAUUCGACGCUGGGGGAGUGCUUGGGGAGCUACGAGGGGAGGGUCGGGGAAGGGGAGUGUGUGGAGCUGAUGGAGAGGUUGGGGGAGGAGGGGUUGGUGUGGGAGUGCUUGUACUUGUUUGAGUGGAUGGGGCUGCAGGAGCCGCCGCUGGUCACGCCUAGAACGUGUUCGAUCAUAUUCCCGGCGCUGGGCCGCGCCGGAAUGGGGGAGAAGUUGAGGGUGCUUUUCGAGAAUUUGCCGAGGGGGAGGCAGUUCAGGGAUGUGAGGGUGUACAAUGCCGCCAUCUCCGGCCUCGCGUGCUGCGGGAGCUAUGAUGACGCCUGGAAAGUGUUCGAGCUUCUGGAAGCAAAUAAUAUCCGGCCGGACCAUGUCACAUGUUCUAUUCUAAUAACUGCGAUGAGAAAAAGCGGGAAAUGUGCGAAAGAUGCAUGGGAGUUCUUUGAAAAAAUGAACAAGAAAGGUGUCAAAUGGAGCUUAGAGGUCGUCGGUGCUCUUAUUAAGUCCUUUUGUGAUGAGGGGCUUAAAAAAGAAGCCCUUAUCAUUCAGUCUGAAAUGGAAAAGAGAGGAGUUGCAUCAAAUGCCAUCAUAUAUAACACGCUGAUCGAUGCAUACGUAAAAUCGGACCAGGUUGAAGAAGCAGAAGCCCUUUUCAAAGAGAUGAAAGAGAAGGGCUUAAAUCCAACAACCGCAACUUACAAUAUUUUAAUGGAUGCAUACAGUAAAAGGACGCAACCAGAUAUUGUCGAAGCUUUGCUCUCCGAGAUGCAAAAUUUAGGGCUAAAACCAAAUGUCAGGUCGUAUACUUGCCUUAUAAGUGCUUAUGGUCGGCAGAGAAAAAUGAGCGAAAUGGCAGCCGAUUGCUUUUUAAGGAUGAAAAAGGCUGGUAUAAAGCCCACAUCACAUUCCUAUACUGCCCUAAUACAUGCGUAUUCAGUUGGUGGGUGGCACGAAAAAGCUUAUAUGUCGUACGAAAAUAUGAAACGAGAAGGAAUAAAGCCUUCUAUAGAGACUUACACUGCUCUCCUUGAUGCAUUUAGGCGAGCGGGUGACACCGACAAACUAAAGGAGAUUUGGAAAUCGAUGAUUGCUAAUAAAGUAGAAGGUACAAGAGUCACGUAUAACAUUAUUUUAGACGGGUUUGCGAAACACGGGCUUUACAUCCAAGCAAGAGAUGUUAUGUUUGAAUUUGGGAAAAUUGGUUUGGCGCCCACUGUAAUGACUUACAAUAUAUUGAUGAACGCAUAUGCUCGAGGAGGACAGCAUUACAAAUUGCCACAGUUGUUGAAGGAGAUGGCGACUCUUAAUUUGAGGCCUGAUUCGGUUACUUAUUCUACAAUGAUAUAUGCAUUUGUCCGCGUGCGCGAUUUUGCUAAAGCGUUUUUUUAUCAUAAGCAAAUGGUUAGAAGUGGUCAGGUACCUGACGCCGGAGCAUACGGGAAAUUGCGGGCUAUUUUAGAUGUGAAAGCAAAAACAAAGAAUAGAAGGGAUAGGAGUGCUAUUCUCGGAAUAGUCAACAGCAAGUUUGGUAUAAAACCGAAGAAGGGUAAGAAAGAUGAGUUUUGGAAGAAUAAAAAGAAGCGCGCAAUGAAUGCUCCUAGGAUUAAUAGCGAUAGCAAAUAACAAGAACUGCUCAUCCAGUUGUUUUCUGUUGGAUGAGUCAUUUCCAUUCUAUACUUGUAAAUGAAAGCUCUCCUUCUAUAAGAGGACAAUUGGCUCUAAUCAACAAGGUGGCGCAAAUAGAAAAUUGGGUGGUCAGAGGCCUUGAAACAUCUCAUUUGAUUCUUGUUUCGAUGGAAAGAUUGUUCUUGGCGUAUUGGAUCUCUUCAUGUGGUUCCGGACAAAAUUUCAGGUCGAUAGCAUGAAUGGAGUGAAAAGGUUUACUAGUCGAGCGAGUUAUAAAGCACAAACAUGUUUGGCUGCUAUUAUGGUUCGAAAUUACUCUGUUCACUUCUCUUUACAUGCAAGUAAACAGCACGCGACACCAGAUUCGUCGAUUUGGACGGCGUGUGGGGCCCACGUGUCAGGUAAAUCGUACAAAUCCCCUUCAUACAUUUUGUUCGAUGUGUGUAAACGGCAGGGGGUAUUGCAUUACUUCAUUAAGAUUUAGGACAUAGGAAUCAUGAUUUGUGGGUAAGCCUCCAAAUCCUCCGCUGGGUGCGGUAAUCAAACACAUACUUGGCAUUCUCUUUUGAGUCUUACAGCAACCUCUCAAGUGCUUCUACUUACAGCUCUUCUUCCUUUUCAAAAGCCCCAACUUGUUGUUCUCCUCUUUAGAAUGCCUCUCAAAUGAAGUCAAUGAGGCUACAGAGAAAGGCCAAAGCUUUGAAGUAGCAUCCUAUAAAGGUACUUUUUAUUUAAAUUUUUUUUUUCCUUUGUUAGCUAUAUAUGUAGGCUUUAGUUUAGGGAUCAUUCCAUGUUCCCACGAGCAUAAUGAGAAAUGGAUAGGAACCAAUUAGGGCAUUAUCAUGUUUGUUCCAGCUUCUGCUUUUACUUACAGCAGCAACCUUUUCUACAAUGUUUGGCAAAUAGAUAAAUUCGAGAUUUGUAGCCUCGAAAACGAAAAAGUUCAACUAUGGUGCUUCUAAUUCUGGCAUGUUUGUUUCA